AUGGGGUGUCUGCUCCUGGUCUUCCUGCUGCUUUUGCUGUCGCCCUCCUACCCUCGAGGGGGCAGCGCGCGGAGGCGCCGGGCUGCGCGGACACAAGGUCCGGGAGGCAGCUCUCCCGCGCGCUCCGAGACCUCAGCACCGUUCUGGGUGCGCAUAAGCCCGGAGUUCAAGGCCGUGCCUCCGGGGGGCUCAGUGUGGCUCAACUGCAGCAAUAGCUGCCCCCUACCGGACGGUUCCAGCCUCCGCACCGAGCUGCGGAGAGGCAAGACGCUCAGUGGGCCCGGCUGGGUAGCCUACCAGCUGCAGGAUGUGAGGGCCUGGAGCUCCGAUGUGCACUGCUUCGUCACCUGCGCGGGAGAAACGCGGGGGGCCACCGCCAGGAUUACCGCCUACAAACAGCCACGCAGCGUGAUCCUGGAGCCGCCGGUCUUAAAGGGCAGUGAGUACACUCUGCGCUGCCACGUGACGCACGUGUUCCCCGUGGGCUUCCUGGUGGUGACUCUGAGGCGCGGUGGCCGGGUCAUCUACUCCGAGAGCCUGGAGCGUUUCACAAGCCAGCAUCUGGCCAACGUGACGCUGACAUACGCACUACGCGCCAGGCCUGGUGACUUCGGGCAUCCCGUUACCUGCCACGCCCGCCUCAAUCUCGACGGCCUGGUGGUCCUCAGUAGCUCGGCACCCAUGACGCUGCCAGUCCUCGCUUGGAGCCCUGCGUCCAAAGCCUUGGCCUCCACCUCCAUCGCAGCCCUUGUGGGGAUCCUUCUUGUAGUAGGGGCCCUCUGCCUGCGAAAGUACCUAUCGAUGCAGUCUCGGGCAUAG